AUGCAUGGCGCGGUUACGGGCCCCGCUGCCGCCUGCCGCGCUGCACCCCCGCUGCCGCCUGUCGCCCGCUUCCGCCUCGCCCGCCGCGCCGGCCUGCGGCGCCCGCUUCCGCCUCGCGUCGGCCGCCCCCGCUUCCGCCGCGUCGCGUCGCGUCGGCCGCCCCCACUGAGGCGCUGCCGCCUGCCCCUCGGUGCCCGCUGCCGCCUCGCCUGCCCCGCGUGCCCCGAUGCCUCCUGCCCCCCCCGCUGCCGCGCUGCCGGCUGCCGCCUCGCCUGCCCCGCGUGCCCCGACGCCUAUCGGUGGGCGCGCCCGUCCAAUGCCCCCGACGAGUGCUCCCAUAAAGCUGCCCCCGACCCGCGCUCGUCUCACAGAAAACGCCCCGACCCCGCCUCUCCUCUUAGAAACCGUCCCCGACCCCGCCUCUCCUCUCUCCGGCGCAAUGCCUCAUGGACGCGGAUGUUUCGGCCGGCGUUGGCAGUGGAGGCGCAGGGAGCAGUCGCCGGGCGGGAGGCGGCGGUGGAGGCGGCGGCAGCGGCGGUGGACGCAUCGGCAGCGGUGGUGGACGCGGCGCCGCGCCGGGCGUACUUGUUUUGGGAGAAAGUGCAGCCACUGGAUGAUGAGGCAUUUGAUCCAUUGGCUCAUGAAUAUCCGUUGAUGCUUAAUUGGUUAGAAGAUGAGGCUAAGAAGCGUGACGCGUACGACACGUCAUACGGCCGUGAUAGUAGUGGAGAAGCUGGAGAAGAAAGGUCUUGUAUCAAGCCAAACAAGGGGUCUGAUGAUGACAUUGAGUUUGUGGAGCAUAGUGAAGACUGGGUGGGGAAGUAUGGUCCAUCAAAAUACAAAUCAUCAAAAUAUUGGACAGAUGUAAAAUCAACUCCUGCAAAAGAAGAUAUGGACAACAGGGUGGACGCAUCCUUCACCACUGGGAACGGGAAUAAAUUGGCGCGUGAGAAAGGUGUGCAUCACAACACACCUGGUAUAGGAGAUGAAGGCGACCCCUUCGUUAUUGAGGACACUGGUAAUUCACCCAACCCAUCUCUUGCGACGGUAGACACGAAUGACUUUCCGGCUAUUACUUCAACCCCCAAGAAUAUGAAUGAAGUGUCAGACGGGUCUAGCGCCGAUAAAUCUAAGGAGAUUAGUAUGGAUAGUCUGAACACCCGUAUUAAAAAUGCGAAAGAAAAUGGCACUCCAGAGAAUGAUGGGAAGGAGAAUGAUGGGAAGCACAAGAGGAAACAGUCAAAAUAUUGUCUUUCACCUUACCAGCAGAACGGUGGACGUAAACGUGCAAAGAAAAGUCUGUUUGGUAUAAGAGCUGCUAUGAUUAAUACUGAUUACAUUAAUGAGGAUCACAUAGAGGCCGCGAAGGUUUAUAUCCGGACACUGGCAGACUCGGAGAAGCUUUGCAGCAAAACUGUCGUGCACAUGACGGGAAUUGGUGGGGAAACAUGUACACCUGAAAUGCUUGAAGCCAUCAUUUCGAAAAAGUGGUUGCAUGGCGGUGUCAUCAAUAGUUAUUGCAACCAUAUGCAGACCCAUAAUCCUCGUGCUGACCGUCACAUAUUAUCAUCUUGGGUGUCCCACUGGCUUAUUCUUCGUGCUGAUGGAAAGGUUAACAACUCUAAGAGGCAUUUUAUGGAUCACUUCGCAAACCAAACUAAAAUGGUGUCUAGAGUUACUGAAGAGUAUUUCAUCAAAGAUAAGGCAUACUUUCCUUUUCAUGUGGAAGAAAAUCAUUGGAUAACAGUUCUUAAGCACAACAAGAAAAAAGAGUUUCAAGUUUUAAACUCUACUGGUAAAUGCAGCAAAAGAGUUCUUGCAAAGAUUGCUAAGCUGAGGGCAGAAAUAGCAAAUGAUACAAAGGAGGUGAAUGCUCUUAUUGAAACGGAACAUCCUGACGUAUCAUCCUGGCCAAUAAGGGAGUACGGUAUGCCGUCACAAACAGACGGAGUCUCUCGUGGUCUUUUCGUGGUGAAAUGCGUUCAAAACUGGGAUGGAGAUGAUUGGACAUUUGAGUUUGAUCAAGAUGAGGUUAAUGCUUCAAGGGGACACAUUCUAGCUGAAAUACUUUUUUCAGAGUGCAACACGAAGGAAGUAGUGAAAGAGAAGAUCCUCAAGAUCAUGGAGAAGAAAUGA